CUGGCAUUGAACACUGAAAUUCAAAAUCACAGAAAGGCUGACUACAUUCAAAUCGUUACAAUGUUUCUUCCACUUUGAACAAAAUUUGAAAGGAGGGCCGCGUGUGGAUAAGAUCUAAGUAGUAACACUGAGUAACACCCCUCGAAGUGACGCUUGACGGUACCGGUAUCACCCAAUUCCUUUCUCAGAGCUGAUGGCAUGUUGAAACAGCUCUGGAACAUCGGCAUGGGGCGUCAGGGAAAGAGCUCAGCUCGCCCUUCAGCAAUGGACAUUGACAGCAGCAAGGCAGGGGACGAGGUACCCAGCGAUUUUGAGGGGGUGAGUGGCGUCUCCGUGAGCGAGGAUGUUGGAGGGGUGGAGGCUGUCAGCCCGUCUCGUCCAGCCCGGAAGCAGAAGCAGAAGGAGCAGAAGCAGAAACCCAAGCCAAAGGCUCGCAAUGCUAAGCGGAAGGCUUCUCCAGUCAGUGAGAUUGAGGAGGAGAAAGACUCUCCUUACGAUGAGCUAGCAGAAACAGAGACCGAAGAAGAUACCCAGAUUGUAGAAGGCCCUUCAAAGGCGUCGAAAAAGAAGGUUGAGGCCCCAGAGGAGGAGGGGCUCUGGAUUGGAAAACCAAUUCCAAAGGAUCAGGCCAAGAAGUUUUGGCCUCAUCGGUAUGGAUCAAACGAGAACCUUGCUAAGGUGAAUGGGGAGCAUCUAGCCACCGCGCACUAUGAGCAAGCAUCAGUAGACGGCAUCGUUGUCUCGCUUGGGGACGCUGUUGCAGUACAGGGUCCCGAUGUUGACUACGUUGCGAUUAUCUACGAGUUGUUUGAAAGCCCAAAACGGGAGAAGAUUUUCCAUGCACGAUGGUUUUGGAGGGUUGCAGACACGGUCCUGAGAAGCGUUGGCGCUGUCAAGGGGGGACAUAUCCAUGACAAGAUGGUGUUGCUCUCUGACUGGAGCAACAAUGACGAGAACGACAAUCCUCUGGGGUGCAUAAAGAGCAAGUUGACGGUGGUGUAUGUGCCACCAACAGAUGUGGCAGCAGGCGUGCCAAUUCCGGAGUGCGACUACUGGUACAACUCGUACUGGGCCCAGUCAUACAACUCGAUCCAGCACACGCCUGGCCCAGUCUCUGGUGUGAACCCGCUACGGCCGAACAAGCAGGCAAACCCUGACAACAUGCCGAGACACAAGGGCCACAGCCCUGCCGCCAGCGUUGCGGGACCGGUGGACACAUUCGUCCCACCCCCACCGACUGAGACUGUAGGAAAACGGACAAAGGCUGAAAAGGGGAAAAAGGCAGCUGGGAAGGAGGCUGUCGUCGCCUCUGUAAAGGCUGAGGCCCCAAACGAGGCCGGGCCCUCCUCCGAUCCCGGGCCCUCGAGCAGGGCAGGCCCCUCCUCCGACCCAGGCCCUUCGGUUCAGGCGACUCCCUCUGAAGACGACGACCCAGACACCCCGAGCAAGGUCAACGUUGUGGGCCUGGAGAAGCGCCUUUCGGAACCGACGCCCUCAAAGAAGGUUGUGUCGCUCACAGAGCUCUCCGGAGGGAGCACCCCGAGCAAGUCUGACGCCAAGGUGGAGGGAGCGAAGGAGCGCCCGCUGCGCAAGGCGAGGGCUGAGGAGAGCGCGGUGCCGGCGACCCCCUCCACUGCUACCACAAGCGUUGGCAGAACCAGAAGGGCCAGCUCCCGGGCGAUCUUCAAACCAAGCCCUCAGAAAGGGGAGCUGGGCAGUGCGGAGAAGCCAGUUGCGCUGGACUCUGAGGACGAGGAGGCGGAAAACGCUCCGCCAGCAAGGAAGACAGGGAAGGCGGCAGAAGCUGCGCCCGGACCCUCCACUAAAGACGCUGCACCAGAGGCCAAGAUAAUGGCCACAGUAACGGCGAAGAUCGGGGCGGCAGUCCAAGCGGCCUUCGAGGGCGCAACUGCGGUCAAGAAGGCCAUUACUGGUCCUGAGACGACCACGGUCGAGGUCACAGCCACGGCGACUGUCACCGCGACGGUGCCGGCACCCAAGAAGGUGGAGCCUGCUCCUGCGUCGAACCAGCCAGAGGUCGAAGGGAAGGUCAGAGGCGCACCCACGAAAGGCCCGACCAAGACCGCCAAUCUGAAGGACUUCCUGGACGGACACAACUACCCGAAGGCUCAGGAGUUCCUGACGGUGCUCGACAUGUACGCGGGGUGCGGGGGCAUGUCCACAGGGCUUGGACACGGCCUGGGGAAGGCGGGGGUCACCCUGCAUCACAAAUGGGCCGUUGACAUGAUGGAGUGCGCAAGCGAGACGUACAAGCUGAACCACCCGGAGACCCACGUGCGGAACGAGUCAGCAGAGAACUUCUUCAUGGUCUGCAUCGAGUGGCUGCGGCUCAAGAAAAUCUAUGUCGAUGGGGAGACGGACUACCAGCUGCCUGAGGAGCUAGUCAAGAUCAUCCGCUCAACCUACGUCCCCAACUACCGCCUGAGCGCCGAAGAAGCUAUUGCUGAGCUCGAGGAGGACGACGCCUUCGAGUCGGUCUUCAUCGAGGAAGAAGUGCUCGACGACGAACUCGCGGAGGAGCUGACCAAGAAGAAGAAGCGCGCCAAGAAGCCCGCCGCCCCUAAGGAGAAACCGGCCGCCGCUGCCAAGCCGCCCGCCGCCAAGAAGAGCAAGUCGACGAAGGCGGACCCGAUGACGGGGCGCGGCGGGGAGCCGCCAAAGAGCGAAGCGCUGCGGCUGUUUACGCAUGUGCUUCCGCCGGAUGCAAAGGGGAAGGAGAAGGUGGACGAGGAGACCGGGCCAGCCGAGGUUACAGAAGGGUCUCCCACUAAGCCAAUCGAGGUUCCUGACGAGGGGGAGAAUGAGACUGGAACGAAGCGGAAGCGGCAGGAGAAGGCUGUGAAAGCCACUGCAGCCGGUGGGAGGCGCAGUGUUCGGGGGAAGAAGGAGGUGGACUAUGCGAAGGAGAUCCCGCUCGAGGUGGACGAGGAGCGGCGACCAAAGAAGGCCAAGGUGCCCGCCAAGGUCGCCUCCAAGGGCAAGAAGAAGCUAAGCGAGGACGACGAGGAGCUGGUCGACGAGAACGUGUACGAGGUCGAGUACGUCUACGGCGUCCGCUGGCACCGCGACAAGGAGCACAACUUCCGGGGGCUGCAGUACCGGAUCCGGUGGAAGAACUACACGGAGGAGUGGGACACGUGGGAGCCUGAAGAGCUGGCAGAUGGCUGCCCCGACCUGCUCAAGGAAUUCGUUCAAAGGGGCGUCGAGCAGCAGAUCCUGCCACUCCCAGGAAGCGUUGGACUCAUCUGCGGCGGACCGCCCUGCCAGGGAGCGAGCGGCUUCAACCGCUUCCGGAACAAGGACGAGCCCCUUAUGGACCCCAGGAACAAGCAGGUCAUUGUCUUCAUGGACAUCGCACAGCUCCUAAGGCCUCGCUACGUGUUGAUGGAGAACGUGGUAGACAUCCUCAAGUUCGGGGACGGGAUCCUAGGGCGCUAUGCGAUCAGAAGGCUGGUGAACAUGGGCUACCAGUCGCGCGUUGGACUUCUGGUGGCGGGCAGCUUCGGUGUCCCGCAAUUCAGAAUGAGGACCUUCGUGUGGGGGGCGGCUCCAGGAGAGGUGCUCCCCCCGUACCCCCUCCCGACGCACAUGGUCGAGAAGGUGCGCAACCACGUUCCCAUGGACUGGACGCACAGCAUGGUCGCAUACGACGAGGACACGCACGAGGGCGCCAACCUGUCCCCCGCUCUAGUUCUUGGCGACGCCCUGCGCGACCUCCCGCCCAUCGAGAACAACGAGCGGCGCGACAUCGUCCCGUAUACGGGCACGCCCGACUGCGAGUUCCAGCGGCAAGUGCGCCGCCCGCCGCCAGGGAAGAAGAUGGUGGAAGAUUUCCUGGUCGUGAACGACCACCACUCGCUGAUCAUGAACGAGGACGACCUUGGCCGGUCAUCAAUGAUCCCCAAGAAGAAGGGGGCCAACUUCCGUGACCUUCCUGGAGUGGAGACUUCGGACGACAAGACCGUCAUCCGGACAGCACGGCCUCUCCUCCCGUCCGGAAAGCCAAUCGUGCCCGACUAUGCAAUCAGCUUCAUCAAGGGCAAGUCGUUCAAGCCCUUCGGCCGCCUGUGGUGGGACGAGACGGUCGCGACAGUGGUGACGCGCGCAGAGCCGCACAACCAGCGGGUGCUGCACCCUGACCAGGACCGCGUGCUGAGCAUCCGAGAGAACGCGCGCCUACAAGGCUUCCCUGACUACUACAAGCUCAUGGGGGACCAUCCCAAGAACAAGUACACCCUUGUCGGAAAUGCGGUGGCGAUGCCAGUUGCAGAGGCGCUUGGCAAAGCUAUGGCGCUGGCCAUCUUCAAAGACUGGGACGGUUCCCAGCCUCUCUGCAAGGUCACCCCUUGGACCCAAUAGAUAGCUGUCGUUGAAAGAUCGGUUCACCUUAUGUAUGUCGGAACAUGAUCAGAGUCCGAAAGCUGAUGAUUUAUGGUGCGGUUCGCUAGGCAAGGGCUCUGCCCUUAGAGAAUGUUAGGAUGCUAGGUCUGUUUGCAGGGCAAAACAAGAGCGCAAAGCUCGGCGCCGUCUGAUCCACUUUGGAACGGUUGCGCAGUAAGGCACGAUAAAGUCAAAAGGGCAAUCGCUUUCUCAGAUGACAGGUAGCAACGCAGCUGCAGUUCUCCAGAGACUAACUGAGAGUAGCGACAUCCGUGUUUAACCAGUCGUGCUGCAUUUCUAUCCUUGCAUUUUCGAGGAAGGGUCCCAAUUACAGUUCAAGCGUGCUAGCGGCAAGUUGCCAGAUAGUGUCGUGAUACAGAGCAGAUGCUGGGUGCCAGGUGGAUAUACCUACUUGUAGGUAUUGCCGUCAGUAUGGACCGCAUGAGAG